CAGAUGCCGGCCCAGUUGCCACAGGGAAUCCCUCUGGGAGACUGAAGGGCAGGCUCCUGGGUUGAGGCCCACCAACCCUGAGCCUUAGGCCAGGGGGAUGGCAGCCCCCCUGGAGCCCCAGGACCAGGCCCCUGGGGAGGGAGCAGGGCUUCUAAUCGUGAAGGUGGAAGAUUCCUCCUGGGACCAGGAUUCUGCCCCGCGCGAGGACAGCAGGGACUCGGAGGCCUGCCGCCAGCGCUUUCGGCAGUUCCGCUACAGGGAUGCGGGCGGGCCCCAUGCGGCCUUCAGCCAGCUCUGGGAGCUCUGCUGCCGCUGGCUGCGGCCGGAGCUGCGCACCAAGGAGCAGAUCCUGGAGCUGCUGGUGCUGGAGCAGUUCCUGAGCGUGCUGCCCGGGGGGGUCCAGGACCGGGUGCGGGAGCGGCGCCCCGAGAGUGGCGAGGAAGCUGUUGCCUUGGUGGAGGACCUGCAGAAGCAGCCGGUGAAAGUAUGGCCGCAGGACGUGCCCUCAGAGGAGGUGGAACCCCAGGCUGCAGUCCAGGGAUCUCAGGCCAAGGGACCUCCCCCUAAGGCGGGGGCACAAAACCAGCCACCUGUGCCCCGGGAGCAGCACAGCCAUGGUGCCCAGCUUCCUGCUCCUCUGAAGGAGGGGAGUACCAAACAGAAAACGAAUGCCUGCUUUGCCUCUGAGAUCCAUGGGCCUGUGACAUUUGGAGACGUUCCCUUCUAUUUCUCCCAGGAAGAAUGGGGGUCCCUGGACCCUGCUCAGCGGGACCUUUUCUGGGACAUAAAGCGGGAAAGCUCCCGGAACGUUGCUGUGGGUUUGGGGCUCAAGAACCAAAGGGGGCGAUCCCCGCUGGAGGAGGCAGUGAGGGUGCCCCCAGGCCAGGCGGGCAGCGAUGUGACUGUGGCCUGGAGCCCCGAGGAGGCCGAACCCUGGGAGAGUGAGGCCCGGCCAGGGGCGCUCUUGGAGCCAGCAGUGGGGGCGACGCGGGGGCGGCCACCCACCUGCAGGCGCCAGUUCCGAGACCUGGCCGCUGAGAAGCCGCACAGCUGCGGCCAGUGCGGCAAGCGCUUCCGCUGGGGCUCGGACCUGGCGCGCCACCAGCGCACGCACACAGGCGAGAAGCCCCACAAGUGCCAGGAGUGCGACAAGCGCUUCCGCAGCUCCUCGGACUUGGUGCGCCACCAGGGCGUGCACACGGGCCAGAAGCCCUUUUCCUGCUCGGAGUGUGGCAAGAGCUUCAGCCGCAGCGCCAACCUGGCGGACCACCAGCGCAUCCACACGGGUGAGAAGCCCUUCAGCUGCAGCGACUGCGGCAAGAGCUUCUCGCUGCGCUCCUACCUGCUGGACCACCGGCGCGUGCACACUGGCGAGCGGCCCUUCCGCUGCGGAGAGUGCGACAAGAGCUUCAAGCAGCGCGCCCACCUCAUCGCCCACCAGAGCCUGCAUGCCAAGAUGGCCCAGCCCGUGGGGUGAGGGCUGGAGGGAUAUUCCGGGAGACGGAGCAGCCAGAUGGCCACCCCUCUCCAGCCAUCACCCCUACUGCCCUGCUCUUCUCUGCCCCAGGACCUGGUCAACACAACCAAGUAAUGGAAAUCCCCCGUGACCUCGCAGCCAUUCUGGGGAUUUCUCUUGCCCUCUGGCCUCCCGGAGCCCCAGCACAUUCCUGGCAGGUGGCCUUAGCAUGGGAGAAAGACUGGGGCAGCAGGGAAGUGUGAGGAUUUGGGCAGGACCCAGGGUCCCCCCCUCCAAGAAACUGCCCUCGGCCUUGCUUGCCCUGUGGCUCUUUGUUCCCUGCCUUGGCUGGGUCCGUGGCCAGGCCCUCUGCCCUGCCAACCUGUGCCUUCCCGUAGGGGUGGAGGACAGGCUCUGACCACUAGUCAGCCCACGCUUGUGAAGAUCUGGGCCCUCGGUGAGGCCGAAAGGGCUUUCUGGCCCCCACCCCCUCCCACUUCUGCCCUGACCACUCUGCCCUGUCCUGGCAACACGCUACUGAUCUGUACCAACUUCCCCCUCGAGAGCCCACCAGAGCCUCAGCUGAGGCUCGUGGUAGCUCCCGGGACUGGAGGUCUGUGCAGACCAAGAUCAGGGCCAGUGGGAGCCCACUGCUCCCACACUCCCCUCCAGAGACGUGGGGUUUACAGUACUUAACACUAGCACUUUGUCACUGAGUCCUUAGGCACUGCAUUCCAUGUUGUCUGCACCGUCUGCAGAUUGGCAUUCACAGGGACACACCACAGGCUCUCCAAAGGAGCUCGGCCCAGCCUGCCUCCAAAGGGCAGCAAAAGGGUUUGAAUAAAUCUGGAAACUUCC